GUGCACACCGGAGGACUGGGACUUUUACACGGUAAAAGAAAUACCGGCGUGGAAAUGCUAGCGAGCGGAUUUGGAGCGACCGUGCGGGCUAGUGAGCAGGCGUAACCUUCCGUCGGCACUUUUGCGCCCAGUGUCCGAGCGGCAGCCGCCAGGAGGGGGGACGUACAUUCACUCACUGACCACGCAGCAUGCCCGAGUUGGACUAGGCUACCCUGUUGGAGCGCAACACGCACGCCGUAUAGGACGGAGAGCGGAGGGGGAUAUUUACAAAAGAAACUCUAUUCCCUUGCAAAGAAGAAUAGCAAGGGGGAGGCGGAGUGAAAGAUAACACUGGAAUGAAGUGGACAUCGGGAUUCCCGGCGUGCUGCGGAGUUGUGACUGAUGGAUGAAUGUGGUCAUCUGUAGGCUAUAUACAGCGACAGGUAUAAGCAGCACCGGGGGGAGAUUUGACAAAGACACGGCGCAGCGCUCGAUCGGCAGCCACACCGCGAAUUGUGCGUGCGUAUCCAAACUGUAAUUGUCUCGAUCUGAUUUCAUCCGACAUCGAAUCGUCUCCGUGAGGUGUCUUUGCAGAGUAAAAAGGUCGCGAAGGGCCGAUUUUUUCCCCCUCCUCUCAGCCACAGGUCAAGCAGGACACUGGGGGCUCUCCUAUACGCCGAGGAGAUUGUAUCAAGAACCGUGGGCUUCGCUCGUCCUGCGGACAGUUCAGUCAAGGACAAGGUGUCUGGGACACAUUAUAAGAAGUUGGACAGAAGGUCAUGUAUCUGAUAUCGACCUCACAUGCUCCCGACUGAUCAAAAAUCACCUUCCACCGGGCAAACCACAGAUAAAGGCUGCCAGGCGCACUGUCCGACGCUCUGAGUUAUCGGCUCACUGUCUAUGUUUUUGAGAAUGGCGGGACUCGGCUGUUGGAAGUAUUACCUUUGGAUCUUUAUUAUAAUGUGCAGGUCGGCGUUACCGUUAGCGAAACCGCUGGAGACUAUUAUUUGGAGCUCACAAAAUCCCAAGUUCGUGGCUGGAAAGGGCCUUGUGAUCUACCCUGACAUUGGGGACAAAUUGGACAUCAUCUGUCCCAAGGCAGACCCAGGCAGGGAGUAUGAGUACUACAAGCUGUACCUCGUGAAGAGAGAGCAGGCGGAGAGCUGUAGCACAGUCCUGGAUCCCAACGUCCUGGUCAACUGCAACAAGCCGGAGAAGGACAUCAAGUUCACCAUCAAGUUCCAGGAGUUCAGCCCCAACUACAUGGGCCUGGAGUUCAAGAGGAACAUCAACUACUACAUCACCUCCACCUCCAACGGUACAGUAGAGGGCCUGGAGAACCGAGAGGGAGGCGUGUGCAAGAGCCGAGCCAUGAAAGUCAUCAUGAAAGUCGGACAAGACCCAAACACAGCAGACCCUGUGGUGCCGGAGGCUCCGGAGGACAACGCCAUACCAGAGAGCAGUCCAAGUCCGUCUGAUCAGGGUCGAAUCGGACCUGUGAUCCCAGGAAACACCGACCACAUCAAUCAGGACCAGUCUGGUUCCAGCGCAAGCUCGGACGGGAUCCUUGGCUCCAAGGUGGCCGUGUUCUCCGCCAUCGGAGCUGGCUGCAUCAUCUUCCUGUUACUCAUCCUCCUGCUCAUCAUCCUUCUCAUCAAGAUGCGCAAGCGUGCCAGGAAAAAUGCCCACUCGCAGCCCCGCCCCUCGGCACUGUCACUCAGCACGCUGUCCAAUCCCAAGCUGCCCGGGGGCACGGCUGGUACGGAGCCCAGUGACAUCAUCAUUCCGCUGCGGACAGAGAACAACUACUGCCCUCACUAUGAGAAGGUGAGCGGGGACUAUGGCCACCCUGUCUACAUCGUCCAGGAGAUGCCCCCGCAGAGCCCUGCCAACAUCUACUACAAAGUCUGACCUGCUCGAAACAUCCAGCAACAGAGUCAGGAGAGAGAGGGGAGCGCUUGAUUUAUGUUCUUGGGAAGGACAUUUCCCUUUUCAUUUUGGGGACUUGGUGCAUCUUCAAGCCCGUGUUUUUUUCUAUCACCUGCUGCACAAAUCUGGAGAGACACACACUGACCAGUAAACAGCGGGGUUGUGAACUGACUGAGAAAGAGGCUUAUUCUGUUUGAUUGGGUUGUCUGAUCCCCCCAACUCCCCUCACCUCCUCGAUACCUUCUACGUGUCCGCUCUGCGCUUCAGUGGGGGCGGGAUCAGAUGAGAUGGGGACGGGGAUGGGGACGGGGUGGGGCGGCAUCGGAGUGAACCAACAGAUGGAACUGUAGUUUCCUGGUUUGCUGUCCCCCUUAAUGGGCAGGAUAUAGCUUAGUUUAGUUCCCUAAAGUACAGUCUGUGUUACACCCAAUUAAACACAUCAUCCUAGCACACUAGCCAGGAAUAGGCAGGCACAGGCCCCAAACGCCACUUAGCCUGGUUUGUGUGUGUGUGUGUGUGUGUCCGUACAAAUGUGUGUGUGCAUGUGCGCGUGUGCGUGUGUGCUAGUCAGGGCUCCGUACUGGGCCAGGAAACUCUCCAGAUAGCUCAGGUAUCAGACACAGUGUGUGAAAUAAUGUGUUCCUCUCCCUUCGCACCUCUGAUGUUUGCCUUACUUACUAUUUUUGAUGGAGGAUUUCCUCGACCCUGAUUCAGUUCACAAAGCAGUUGUAUUUUGUUAGACUUUCCUACAAGUGCACAAUGUAUAGAGAUGAAUAGUUCGUCAUUAUUACUCCAUGUCCUCACCGCCCAUGUCACCAUUGCGUUCAUUUUGCCUGAGAGAAAACCCUGACCUGGACUAUUGAUGUCGAGGUGUGUAUGUGUAUGUAUGUGUGUGUUUCUCGGAGCACUCACUUUUCCACUGGUCUGAUGUGAGCUUUACCAUUACCCUGGUAUUUAUGACCGCCUGCCGGUCUGUAUCUGAGGGUGUGUCCUCAAUGUGCACGUCUGGGUGCGAGCGUGUGUGUGUGUGUGUCUGUGUGGGCGUGCAUGUGUGUGUAUGUCUGUGGGCAUGUUCAGGCGAGUCCUGUAUCUGGGCAGACUGUAAUGGCUUAGGGGUAGAACACUGAGUUACUGUAUGGUAAUCUUCAAAAACAAGACGGACUGAUGCGCUGACAGACAGACUUGCCUGAGAUCCACCCUUAACAAAAGUCCUCAGUGCUCCAGUUGGCACUGGCUGAAGGCUUGAUUGUGUCUGAUGAGCUUUCGGGGAGAUGGUUUUAAAACAGCAGGCACGUUGAGAUUUGUUUGUUCUAGCUUCUGGGGCUGGUGAGAGCGACAAUGUGAGCAUCAAACAGCCACAGAAGCAGUUUGGUGCCUGCUUCCUGGGCAAGGUGGGCGUAGGUUGGAUGGUCUGCACUGAUUGGAUGGCCUACAUAGGUAGGAUGCCCUAUAUAAGUUGGAUGCUCAGCCGUUGCUGAACAUUGGGCUACAGUAUUGUCAGAUGCCAGUUGGCUGCCAUCUGUAGAUGACUCAGUGGAGUGCGCAGUCAGUGGCGGUGCCAGCGUGUGACUAAUCUAGGUGCCAUCUCCUUGCCCACACUCACCAGCCGGGGAGAAGAGAGCCACGGAGAAAGGAGAAAAUGUUCCUGCAACUUGGCGCUAACCUGAGAGGAAGAUGGAAGGGUGGGAGGUUGAGGGGUGGGGGGUGGGGGGUGGGGGUGGAAUGGAAGUAGUUUAGCAUUCAUUUUUCCAUCCUCUUGCCAGUUGUGCUGUGAAUAAAAAUGCUGUGCAGAAUAUUCCACAGUCAAGGUGUUCAGCCACCGAGGACAGUGUAGCUCAGCUAUCACACGGCCCAGGGCAGCGGCACCAAGACAGGAUUUACCGUGGCUCGGUGUGCGCACGUGCACGCCAGAGCUCGCUUUUGGGGGAUGUUCGGCUGCGGAGGCCGGUGGGUACGUACACGCCGGAAAUAGUAUGUGCCUCUGUGUGCGAGUGCAUAUUUGUGUACAUUUGUGCUUAUACGUGCAAUUUCCCGCGUGCGAAUGCCUUUGUGGUUAAGUAAUUGAGCAGACUUGUUUCAGGUCUGGAACUAGGUGCACCGAAGAGUGCCGGCUGCCAAAAUACCAAACGGCGCAGUCCCAGUUAAUGAUGUGUGAGAGGAAAGGAGGCCAGAUAAGGACAGCUAUUCCUCCACAUGCAGACACAAGCCGACGCUGACACACGCCCGCACACACACACACUGAGACUGAUGGGUCCAGGUUUAUCUCCAGUCAAACGGUCAGACUGCCUGUUAAUGUUUAUUCACCAACGGAGACACCUAUCAUCCGCUGCCACAUACUAUUGCCAUCCACAGACGCACGCUGCUGAGUUAAAAGCCAGUCUCGCUCGAAGACUUAAGGCAGACUCCAGUGGCUUCAUGCGUGUCGUUAACUUGCAAGUUAACAACCAAAACAGCUGCUCGUGCUCUUUUGGUACUGUGUUUUAACUCAGCAUGCAGUCCUCAGUGGCUCUCUGUGAAACACAUCCAAGAUCAAAUAUUUUUGUUUCGGAUCAGUGCGCAUCCACUCACCUACACCAGCCAAGGGAGUCAUUACCAAUCACUGCGAACCAUAUCUCAUUUUCAUUCAUUGUAGUAACCACUUAAUGUUAUUCAAAUUUGGCAAAAAAAAAAAAAAAAAAAAGAGAAAGGAGUUAAUAGAUAAAUGUAAAUAUAUGGAUAGAGCCCAGUUUAAAUGUAAUUUCACCUGAACACUGCUCUUAAGAAAAAUUUAAGAUUAGAUUUUUGUAAUGGAGGUUGUUUGUAAAUAGCUGUCUUUUUAAAGUGUGUUUUGUAUGAAUCCUUGCAUUUUGUCUCUGUUUGCAAUAUGUUUUUAUUUUAUUUUUUUUCUUUUAGAGUCAAACUGCAUAUUGCGAUGGACACAUGAGCUGUCUUUUUUGCAACGUCCAGUAUUGUAAAACCAUCUUUGUUACCACAUGUGUUAAACAGAAAAAACAAACAGAAAAAAACAACUGGUUUCAGAGUUGCAUUUUUACAUCAGGAUUCAACAGGAUUAUGGUUGCUCAGAAACUGUUCAGGAGCGAAGCUUUGUCACCGAGCGAGGAGCACAUGGCUUUGAAAUGGAUAGGUCACUGAAUGAAUGGUAAGGCCCCGUCCCUGUUGGAGACAGCACUUAACUCUGCAUAUGAAGACGAUGUUAGUCCACUGCCUCUGAGUUACCUACACCUUCCACUCCAUUAUAAGAUGGAACAAAAGGGUCUGGUCCAGAAAGAUAAAUCUCUUCUCAGUUUUAAUAAGUCUAUUGGGCCAGACGGAGAGAGAGAGAGAGAGAGAGAGAGAGAGAGAGAGAGAGAGAGAAGGAGGAUAAAGAAAAGGGGCCGCGCAUGAGAGUGUGACCGAACAGCGCUCACCAAUAAAUCAUCCGGUUUACACCACUCAUUAUCUCCCAGGCGGUCCUUUGUUUUAAAGUUGCUCUCUCCUUCACUUUCUCCCCCCCCACCCCCCCUUCUCGCCUUUGUCAUCCCUCGUUUCCUAAUUUAGCACAAGGAUGUUGGCUGCUCAUGUUGUGAGAGCGUCACCGUAGGUUGAUUUCUGCUAUUGUUCAAAGCCACAGUAUUAUUUUCAAUGUGCAUGUGUAAGCAAACCUGUUGAAUUUGUUUCCCUGUGUUUGAAUCAUAACUGUCAGUUUUGUUAUUUUAUUUUAUUUUAUUUUAUUUUAUUUUUUUGCCAUUCACUUUUCGCCGCUUUUCAGCGUAACCUAUUGGCACCAGCUACAAUGGAAAUAA